UGCUGACGUCACGGCUGGUGAAUGGUGGCAGCUGUGGCCGCAGUGGAGAGGAGGCGGAGAGAGCCUGAGGAGCAGCCGGGGAGUCACAGCCCGUACUGAUCGCAGGCAGCCAGGCUCACGGAGAUCGCUCGCUUCUUACCGGCUCAGCCACGGAUCUGGAUGGGAAGUUCAUGGUUGACUUGAUCGUAGAGUCCCGGGAAAAGGAUUCCAAGGUGGCGACAGACAAGGUUGCAGAAAAGUUGAGCUCUACUCUCUCAUGGGUGAAGAACACAGUGUCACACACUGUCAGUCAAAUGGCAAGUCAGGUGGCAAGUCCAUCGGCUUCACUACACACUACAUCGUCAUCGACCACCCUGUCUACACCUGCACUUUCUCCUACCUCCCCAGCUCAGUUAAGCCCAGAUGAGGAAGAGCUGCUAGCAAAGCUGGAAGAACAAAAUCGGUUGCUGGAGAUAGACAGUAAAUCCUUGCGCUCCGUCAAUGGGUCACGAAGAAACAGCGGUUCCUCGCUGGUGUCUAGCUCUUCGGCCUCCAGUAAUCUCAGCCAUCACCAAGAAGAGGAUUCCUGGUUGCUCUGGGGUCGAAUUGUUAAUGAAUGGGAGGAAGUCUACAAGAAGAAAGAAAAACAAAUCAAGGAGCUUGUAAGAAAAGGCAUCCCACACCACUUCCGAGCGAUUGUAUGGCAACUGUUAUGCAAUGCCCAAAAUAUGCCAAUAAAAGACCAGUAUUCCGAUCUCCUAAAAAUGACUUCACCGUGUGAAAAGCUCAUCAGAAGAGAUAUUGCCCGGACAUAUCCAGAACACGAUUUCUUUAAAGAGAAAGAUAGCCUGGGACAAGAAGUUUUAUUUAAUGUCAUGAAGGCUUAUUCCCUAGUGGAUCGUGAAGUUGGCUAUUGCCAAGGAAGCGCUUUUAUCGUAGGCCUUCUUCUCAUGCAGAUGCCGGAGGAGGAGGCUUUUUGUGUGUUUGUUAAAUUAAUGCAAGACUAUCGACUUCGGGAGCUGUUUAAACCAAGCAUGGCUGAGCUAGGCCUGUGCAUGUAUCAGUUUGAAUGCAUGAUCCAGGAGCAGCUUCCCGAACUUUAUGUGCACUUUCAGGCUCAGAGUUUCCAUACGUCUAUGUAUGCGUCCUCUUGGUUCCUCACUAUUUUUUUAACAAGUUUCCCACUACCAGUUGCCACCAGGAUAUUCGAUAUCUUUAUGUCUGAGGGUUUGGAGAUCGUAUUCCGGGCUGGGCUAGCUGUUCUCCAAAUGAAUCAGACUGAGCUAAUGCAGCUUGAUAUGGAAGGAAUGUUACAGCACUUUCAAAAAGUCAUUCCACAUCAGUUUGAUGGGGGUCCAGACAAACUAAUCCAAGCUUCUUAUCAAGUCAAGUACAAUGCAAAAAAGAUGAAAAAGUUGGAGAAGGAUUACACUACAAUUAAAACAAAAGAAAUGGAGGAGCAGGUUGAGAUCAAAAGAUUACGCACUGAAAACAGACUUCUGAAACAACGUAUAGAAACUUUAGAAAAAGAAAGUGCAUCCUUGGCAGAUAGAUUGAUCCAGGGACAAGUGACAAGGGCCCAGGAGGCAGAGGAAAACUACCUCAUAAAACGGGAGCUGGCCACCAUCAAACAGCAGAGUGAUGAUGCCAGUAAUAAACUGGAGCAGGCCCAACAUACCAUCACAGAGCUUCAGCAACAGAGGAGAUUGCAUAAAUGUAACCCUCGCUAUUCCGAAGAAUUUGUACUGCAGCUGGAGAAGGAAUUGGUGCAAGCCAGACUAAAAGAGGCAGAAUCGCACUGUGCAAUGAAAGAAAUGCAGGAUAAGAUGCUGGAGAUGGACAAGAGGAAUAGUUACCUACCGGAUGAGAACAACAUUGUACGACUCCAGGAGGAGCUGAUAGCUGUGAAAUUACGAGAAGCGGAGGCAGUUAUGGCUCUUAAAGAGCUGAAGCAGCAAAUAAAGGAUUUAGAAGAACACUGGCAGCGUCAUCUAGCGCGUACCGCUGGGCGGUGGAAAGAUCCCUCAAAGAAGAACACCGUGAAUGAACUUCAGGAUGAGCUCAUGACUGUGCGCCUGAGAGAAGCCGAAAGGCACGUGGAGUUACGGGAGAUCAGGCAACGAUUGAUGGAAAUGGAAACGCAGAACCAGAUAAACAGCAACCAUCUUCGAAGGGCGGAGCUGGAGGUCAGCACCCUACAAGGGAAAGUGCAAUAUCUGUCCGCGCAGAACAAAGGCCUGCACGCUCAGCUGUCUGAGUCAAAGCGCAAACAGGCCGAGAUUGAAUGCAAGAACAAGGAAGAUUUGAUGGCGGUGCGACUGCGAGAAGCAGACAGUAUUGCAGCUGUGGCAGAACUCCAACAGCAUAUAGCAGAACUAGAGAUUCAGAAAGAAGAAGGGAAAGUACAAGGACAACUGAACAACUCCGACUCCAAUCAUUACAUCCAAGAUUUAAAAGAUCAGAUCGUUGAGCUAAAACAUGAGAUAAGGUGUCUAAAGCGUCAGAGGGGCUUCCCAGACCAACCCACUUUUGACGGGAUCCAUAUUGUCAGUCAUAUGGUAGACGAAUAUGAGUCUUUUCACUCUUCAGAAGAAGACUCUGCUGCUGGAGCAUUGCAAGAAGGAAAGGUUCAUUUUCAUCUUCACAAAAGACCUGGAAAGGUUGCUUUGGACACACAUGAUUCAGAUAGCAGUGACAGUGACACAGAUGUCCUUUCCAUAGUUACAGACACCAAUGGAUUGGUUCCUAAUCAAAUUUCAAGGAGAACAGAGUCUUAUUCCACUACUGUGUGAUCAUCACUGUGACUUCCCAUUAAAAUCCACUUCCUUGGAUUUUACGAUCGUUGGUACAAGUCAAUACGGAAUUAUCGCAGGGCCUUUGGUGCCCAACUGUCCCAGCAUGUAUAUAUACUUUCACUUGCCUUCAUGUUUGCCAAAUCUUCACCAUUGCCAUACACUAAACUGGGAUUUGUGAUGGAUUGAGCGUUGUAACAGUAUUAUCAUGCAAUUUGUUUUUUAAUUUUUGUUUGUUUCCUUGAAUGUUUCUGGUUUUAGAUAAAUGUAUAAAUACCUUCUGUUUAGCAGUCUAAAGAGGGAAAAUGUCAAUGUACAGUUUGUCAUAGAAGUAGACUUAACAUUGACAUUAAAAAUAAAAUAAAAAAAGACCGCCCUGUGCAAUAUUUUAUGCCUAUUUGAACAAAUGAUAUGCCUCUUUUUCAUUUAUUAUGAUUAUAAUCUUUGGCUAAUUACGCUGUGUAUUGUUAAGAAAUAUUUGAUUAUUUUUUUUCAUGUUUAUUCCGUCGAUAACACUAAACUGUUUUCAUUUCAUAUCAAGGAUGACUCUAAGACACUCCACCCACUAAAAAACAGAUUUUUCAAGAAGUGGUACUAUUUAGAGAUGAUAAAUACCCGUUCUGAUUUAUGAAAUUGGCAGUGAUAUUCAUCUUUGUAGUUCUGAUUCAUGGUUCCAGUUGAUGACCAGCUUGUUAUGGGCUUGAUUUUAUUCUACUGACAUCCGAAGAGCUCUAAUACAUUCUGGCUGUAGAACAUGUCAAGUGUGGAGGCCUCUAGUGUUUAGAAUGUAGCUCUUAACAUUCUCUGGUAAUCUAUAUUAUAGAAUGGCAAAGCCAACACCCCAGUUCUACUCGACACUAGUCCAUCUAUAGACCAUCUAGGCGUUAAUGGUUCUGUAACAAAAUAUCAUCAAACUGCAUAGAUUAAACGAUUGAGGCAGUGGCUAGAUCAUGUUACAUUUUUACACAGUAAAACUAUCACCCAGUGGAAGCGUGUGCGUCCUGCUCGGGUUCAUACCCUCAAUUUGUUUGAGAGUACUAGUUCUUAACCCCUUAAGGACACAUGACAUGUGACCUGUCAUGAUUCCCUUUUUAUUCCAGAAGUUUGGUCCUUAAGGGGUUAAACAAGGCCUCGUUGAUUGUCAGUCGUCAAUAAGUUAUCAACAUUUCCCCUUUGGACGGAUCUGAGUAAUCUUUAAAUAGCCGUAUUUUGGUGUUCCUUAAAGUCUCAAUUUGAAUCUCUUUUCUAGGGUAAGGGUAACAGAGAAUAAUGUUUUUAGGCAGAUGUUCCAGUGGCAAAUUCCUAUUUUUGGUUAUUCUUGAAACGAGCAUAUUUCUAGUACUUGUCUCAUAUAAUUCAUGGAUGCAAAGGGAUAUUUAAGUCCUUUUCAGACAUUCAUAAAUAUAUCCGUUCUGAAUGGGUUCAAAUGUUUGCGGUUUUUAAUAUUUGUGGAUUUAUUUAAAUAUCACUGUUCAGUGGCAGUAAAAAGCAGCAGAUUUUCUGCACAAUGAGACCAAAUGUGCACAGUGAAUUAGUAGCUGUUUUUAUUUACUUUUGAUGUGUCGUUUUUGUUUUAAUUUGUGUUACUAAAAGGUCAAUUAACAUUACUAAUUUGUAUAUAAUUAUACAUAUCUCUCAAGAGAAUGAUGUACAUUAUACACUUUGUCAUUUUAUAUUGGGAAUGUAAAUGUUAAAAUAUAAACUGCUAUGGGGCUUUUCUGCAUCCAGGUGGGAGGGAUGGAGUAGGAGGGAGGAUUGUGUAUAUAAAUCAUAUCAGAUGGAUUAAGGAAUAUUUGAUUAUUUUACAGAACACUAACUGCAUCUUUGUGAAAUAGGUUAAAAAAAUACAUGGAAUUGGACAUUUGCAAAUUCAUGAAUGCUUUGUUAAACACUAUGGAAAUCUUUUAACAUUAUAUAUAUGUAACUAAAAUAAACAAUUUUUCAUGAUUUAAA